UUGGUCAGUCUUCCUCUCACUAACUUGGAAUGGUUUCAAAUCGCAAGCAGUCGCGUUUAACCCGAGCACCCAUUCAUCAAGCAUAUCCACUGGAUCGAUGUUACUAUAAUCUCUGAAGCUACCCUGUCAUAUAUACAGGCGUAAAGAAGACAUGAUCACUAGCACCAGUAUUUAUGGCCUAAAGAUGCAGUGGACCCCAGAGCAUGCGCAGUGGGCCGAGCAGCACUUUGAUAUCUCCUCCACCACCCGCUCCCCUGCACACAAAGUGGAGGCCUACCGGGGGCACCUGCAGCGCACCUACCAGUAUGCUUGGGCAAACGACGACAUCUCUGCACUCACCGCCUCCAACCUGCUGAAGAAAUACGCAGAGAAGUACUCUGGGAUUUUAGAGAGUCCGAGUGAAAGAGCGCUGCUCUGCUCGUAUUCCGAUGGCACUCCUGGACUCCUCAACGGACGUAAGUCAGAGAGUGAGUCCUGGCAGGAGGGGAUUUACUCAAUGAACUGCGGUCCAGAUGUUAUAUCUGUGAACAAAGCUGGAAUGACAGCUGCCCUUCCCCCUACAGAUGUGUCGGCCAGCAUAGGUAGCACCCCAGGGGUGGCCAGCAGCCUGAACGAGCCCAGCUAUUCCAGAAGUAACUGUGGGAGUCACACGACCACCAGUCUACACUCGGGUCUGUCCUCACAGGAAUACGCUACGGGCUACAAUGGCUCCUACCUGCACUCUAGUUACAGCGGGCAGACCAACCCAGGCCUCCCCUCUCAACACCCUUCUCCUAUGCACAGUGCUGGUCUCAUACAGCCCCCUCCUCCACCACCUCCCACUACUCUAGUGCCCAGCUACAACGUGGGGUCUCCCAACAUCUCCAACUACAAUUAUCCUCCGACGGGGUAUCCCUCACAGACAGUUGUUGCCCCUGGCUAUAGCCCUGGGGGGGGCCCACCACCCUCUUCCUAUCUGCCAUCCAGCAUCGCAGCUCCCACGCCCCUACCCCCCUCUACACUCUCUGGCUAUACCUACCAGUCCCAUAGCCAUGCACCAAUUGCACCAACACCUUUGAAUGGCAGCUCAGCCAACUCAUUGAAAAGAAAAGCUUUCUACAUGACUGGGCAUGGAGAUAUGRACUCCAGCUAUAGUAAUUUCAACUACAAUCAACAGCGCUCCUCACAAAGCCCUAUGUACAGAAUACCAGACAACAGCAUCUCAGACUCAAGCAGAGGGAAUGGAUUUGACAGGAAUGCUGAUGUGUCAUCUUUAGCGUUUAAGCCUACAAAGCAGGCAAUAUCCUCAGAUCAGCAAAGAAAAUUUAGCAGUCAGUCUGGCAGAGCACUUACCCCUCCCUCCUAUGGAUCAACCAAAAGCUCUGUGGGAAGCCUGAGAUCAGGUGAGUCCUUUGGAAAAUUUGGAUCCCCCAUCACGGGUGAGCAAAGUGAAGAGCACCUCUCCCAUUCCAUUGCAGGGUCGGACAUUGGCAGAGCUACCUCAUCCAGCCACGUUGCAGAGGAGCAGCUGAAGAACAGCGAUGCCAGCGUGGUGGAGUUGGUCACCACAGAGAUCCUUCAGCCCGGUCCCCCAGUGGACUGGAGUGAUAUAGCUGGUCUUGAGCCGGCCAAAGCAGCCAUCAAAGAAGAGAUUCUGUGGCCCAUUUUGAGGCCAGACAUGUUCAGUGGACUUGCCACAUUACCUCGGAGCCUCCUUCUCUUCGGACCUCAGGGAACAGGCAGAACACUGCUGGGCCGCUGCAUGGCCAGCCAGCUGGGGGCUGCCUUCCUGCAGCUCAGUGGCUCAGCCCUGGUGACCAAGUGGUUGGGGGAGGGCGAGAAGAUUGUCCAGGCCUCCUUCCUGUUGGCCCGGUGUCGCCAGCCCUCAGUUGUGUUCAUCAGUGAGGUGGACAUGCUUCUAUCGGCACAUCUCAGUGAGGAGAGUCCGGUGAACAUGAUCCAGAGCGAGCUCCUCAUGCAGCUGGACAGUGUGCUGACCACAGCCGAGGACCAUGUCCUAGUGGUCUGCUCCACCAGUAAGCCUGAGGAGAUCCGAGAUUCCCUGAGGAGGUACUUCACCAAACGGCUCCUCAUCCCCCUACCUGACAACACAGCACGGCGCCAGAUAAUCAGCCAACUACUCUCACAGCACAACUAUUGCCUCAGUGACAAAGAGGUGUCACUGCUGGUCGAGCGGAUGGAAGGCUUUUCAGGACUGGACGUGGCCCAGCUGUGCCAGGAGGCAGUGGUAGGACAGCUCCAUGGCAUCCCAGCUUCUGACCUCUCAGCCAUCCAUCCCAGGCAGAUGAGACCAGUCUCCUACCAAGACUUUGAAAAUGUAUUUAGCAAAUUCCAGCCCAGUAUAUCACAAAAAGAACUGGAUACAUACACCGAAUGGAAUAAAAUGUUUGGUUGUAGUCAAUGAAACUGAAGCAUUAGAACAUGUGGGUAGGAAACCCCUUCAGAGGUUUACCAUUUAGAAUUCUCUCCUCAGUAAACUAGGCAAGGGAAAAUUACAGAUAGUGGUGACCUUAACACCUGCAGUACAGUAAAGGCAUAAGGAUAGGACUGAGGGAAGCAAAGGCACGCUUUAGACAACAGCUGGCAAUCUGCACACAACACAGAGAAACAUUAUUUUGACGCUUGAAACUGCUGAGGCCAAGCAUCACCCCCCAAGGUGCAAGUGGGUACAUUUUCCAUUACAUUUAACUCAUUGAGCAGACACUCUUAUCCAGUGACGUACAUUUUUGUACUGGUCCCCCAUGGGAAUUGAACCCACAACCCUGGUGUUGCAAAUGCCAUGCUUUACCAACUGAGCCACACAGGACCUAGAGACUAUAGGGUAGAGUUUAACAGAAUGGAACCUCUGUGUGUAUAUAUCAUUCUGCUGUUCUUGAGAUUUAGUUUCUAUCAAGUGCCUGAAGUGGUGCUCUUUUAUUUUGUGUUAUUAUUUCUUCGCCUCACAAUCUACUUUGGUGGCAUGCGCUAAUAUAAAAAGCUUUAAUAUGAGACAAAAACUUUUUUUUAAAUGCUUUUUGCCAUUGAAACACUAUUCCUCAACGGUGUCUGGUUUGCGGUCUCUGUGAUCAGGAGAAAGUAUGUGGUAUUGGUAAUCUGAACCCUAAUUUAUAGACAUCAUUUCUUUUGAUGUUCUCUUUUUUGAAAACUCAGGACAGUGAUUGUGAUAUGUGCAGUACCUCUACAGAUUUAGUCAAAGCACGACAUACUGCUAAGAGCAUUUGGUUUGCUUUUGAAUUUGCAUUAUCGAAAAGGAGGGUUAAGGUACCUCAAUAGGCAAAAAAUUGACAAGAGUAUGACUUUGAAUGUACCAGAGGAAUUCUGGAGUAUUUGGAAGACAAAAAGGAGGAGUAUUGUGCUUUUCUUUGCGAUUUUCUAAGCGAAGAAUCCCAUUGUGAAUAUACUGCAGUUGUAUUUGAUAUGUGGCAAAGAUGUAGGAAUAAUUAUUCUUAAAUUCUAUCAACUAUAACACAUUCGACUGGCCUUGAUCCAGAGUACAUGAAGACUUUUGAGUUUUUUUGUUAAACUUCGUCUGUAGGAGAAAGCAUAACAUAUGUAUUCGUCGAACAUUAUCAGCAGCUUAAUUUUGUAUCUCAUCUGCAGAUAAAACUGCCAGGCCUCUUGCGGCAGAAUAAUGGCAAGAUACAUUUGCUGAAGACAAGCAUCAUGGGGUUGAAACAGACAGCUUCCCAAGGUAUUUAAUUCCAUUCCGCUGCUGUUUUAUCAUUAAUAAAACCUAAGAAUUAUGUAUGCCAUAAGUUAUUUUUCUACCUCAGUUGAUUAGUUUUCUCUGAAAGCAAAAUCUAAGGGAAUGGAUAGAUGACGGAGCCUAUUGAGGGAACAAAAAAUGCUGCCUAUCUGUCAACAAAAUCAGCUUGAGUUAGUGUUACACAUUCAGUGUACUCCCCAUUCAUAGACACGUAUGUUAUGGACUAUUCAUUUCUCAGAGCAUGUUGGUCUUGAAAAGGGGUCUGGGGACAUGUGUGCCCAUUAGCCCUGUCUUUGAGCUCUUCUUCAAGUGUAAUUUCUUACAGCUAGGCUUUUUUAUUAUUAACUAUCAGUGUUUAGUAAUAUGCCAGAACAGAGGCAAUGGCGACACAGAGGUCUGACAACUGCAUGAAAGAGCCUUGUAUUGAAUGUAUUUUUUUUUUUUUUGUUUUGUUUACUAAAGCAGGAUGAAAACUGUUGCAAGGCACUAGUACAGUGGAAGGGAUGCCACCAGAUACAGUACCACUGAACGUGUUAGUAGUACAGUGGAAGGGAUGCCACCAGAUACAGUACCACU